ACUGAAUUAAUAAUUAAUGGGCGUAGCUUGUAAUACAAGCUGCAAAAGCAAUCAUGGAAAUAGAAAGUGUGGACUUCUUGAAGGAUCAAGUCCAGAGAUUGACUGCUGUUUUGAGUCGGUAUCAAAAGAAGUACCUCCCCUUGUCACCAGAUGAAGAAGCUGAUUCCACUUAUUCAUCAGAGACCCCCCAUGCUGCCUGGCUCACCAACAAGCAGUUCCUCUCCCCCCUCCUGGUGGAGUAUGACCACACAAUAUCCGAGCUGAAUGGGCAGGUGGCCUCCUAUCAGACUGAGUUAACCACGCUCGUUGCAAGGGUCCAGGAGAUCACUGAUGAGAAUACAAAGUUGCAUUCUGAUCUCCGUAAGAGCUUAAAGAGUCGGUUGAAGUCCCCAACUCGUGUGAGUGGUGGAAGUGUGCAGGUGGAAGCAGUACAGGAGCAGAUGGACAUUCUCUCCAGAGAGAGAGACAGCCAUGUUGAUCUAUGGAGGCAGACAACAAGAGAGUUGGAAAUACUGCAGAGAAGUGAUAGGGAGAAGACUGAAUCUCUUCACAAGUAUAAGACAGAGCUGGUGAAUACUCAACAAGCUGCGAUACUUGCUCAACAAACUAUCGACAAGCUGAAUGCUACUUGUGAGAAACUGGACCAGGAGAGAGGACAGUGUUUAAGCAGAGCACGUGCACAAGAGAGGGAGCUGAACAGUGUUCAAGAGGAGGUCACUCAAGCCAGAGCUGAAGCUAAAGCUGCUAACAUCAAAAAUACUGACCUAAAACGGUCUCUGGACGAGAUCACAUUGCAGCUGCGGAGAAGGGAAUCUGAGAGGAAGAAGAUUGAUGAUCGCGAGCACUCGCUGGAUGACAGGAUACACCACCUCCAGUUGCACACUACCGAUGUCGAAGCAAAGCUACUGGUGGCUCAGAGAGAAGCUGCUCUCUUGAAGGGUGAAAAAAGUGAUUUGGAUGAAGCGAUAAAUACAGCACAAGCUAAAUUGUCAGUGUUGGAGAAGCGUGAGUUUGAGGCCGUGCUUCAUGUGAAGGAGAGUAUGCAGAUAGCAGAGGAUGCACUCAUGGAGAAGGAGCAAGCUGUCGUUCGUGAGCAGCAAUCUGUUCGAGAGAUCGGACGACUCAAGAAAGCAUUGACCACCGUUCUUCAAGAGGCUGGAGAGAGAACUAGGAAAGAGGUUGAUGGUGUUAGGGAAGAGUGCAAUGCAAGCAUUGAUAAGAUGGCGGAUGAAAUCCAAAAACUGGAACAGGAGAGUGGUCAGAGACAGGCCCAGUGUGAGAGGGCUUUGAGAGACAAGAAAGCCGUAGAGAAAGAGUUGGAGAAACUGAUGAAACACACCCCCCAAGAGACGACACAGAGAGGAGAGGUGCUCCAUGAGCUACAGGUCAAAGUGUACGCUGCCGAAAGAACCAAAGAGGACGUCACUUUGAAACUGGAUACUGCUUUGACCUCUGUCAAGAGUCUUGAAGUACGGUUAGCAGAAGAGAAGCGUGCCAAGGAGCAUUUGAAUCAAGACUACAGUGCUGCUCUGACAAAGCAUCAGGAAAAGGUGCAACAGUUCCAGCAAGAGAAGAUGAAGCUCAUAGGCGAUAUAAAGGAGCAUCAACAGAAGAUACGACAGAGUGAGCAGUUAAGGGAGGCUGUUGAGAUGGGCGUGAUCAGAGAGAGGGUAGAGUGGACUCAGAAAUAUGAGCUGGUUCAGAGGGAGCUGCUUAAUCGACUAGAGAACUCAGAGGAGGCCCACCAGAGAUCCGUUCACGAGUUGAGGGAAGUAAUGGCUGCUCAACACAAGAUUGGAGUCAAAUGGAGAGAGGAAUCAAAGACACUUGCCCAACGAUUUGAGCAAACAGUAUCGUGCUUAAAAGCUGAGCUUACCAAACACAAACAACAGGGUGAAGCGCUGACUGUACAACUUCAACAUCUGAAGUUAGAAAGAAAGGAAUUGAUCAAUCAGUUGCAGAAGAUGUCUAACACUAACUCAGUACUUCAGCAGCAGCUUGGUGAAGCGGAGGCACAGGUCGAGUCUACCAACUCUCAGAUACCAGCCCUCAUGUCAAGAGAGAAGCAUCUGCUACACGAGAGAAGGGAACUGCACAGACAACUGGACAAAGUAAAACUGAAAAUGAAUAGAAUUGGAAGUAUGGAAGGACCACAGAGUGUUACUCUUGGUUCUAGCAGUCCUAUCCGAAUGGACCACUCCCGCCCACACACCCCUCCACACUCUCACCACUAUCAUACGCCCACUCCCCACAUCUCCACAAUAAACACACAUCCGGACCCAUCUCAAUGGAACACUGCUCUCUCGGAGCUUCGUCACUCUAUCCGACAAGUACGACAAGAUCUAGGGCUGAGGUCCCAACAGGAUUGUCCUGGUGAUGACCUUCGCUUGACCUACUCGAGAGAUGAAGAGGAAACAAGUGACCGCUCGAUGUUGUCCAGGAGUGAUCUCACACAAUUACAGAACACUUCUCAUAUUAGCCUAGUUCAGUCUUAAUUAAACAAUUUUAGUGAUUGUAUAGCCAUUGAUGUCCUGUGGAAUGUUCUCAGUUAUUCAUCAGAGCAUUGUUAUAUGAAA